AUGGCACCACAGCAGCGGGCCCAACUGCCCUCCCCGCCCGCGGCCUUCACGGCGCGCAAGCACAAGAUUCUGCAGCAGCUGAGCGUGCCCGACGCGGAGUACACCGACGCCUCGCCCAAGGGGUCCGUGGACGUGGGCAUCCGCGAGCUGAUUGGCGAGCUCAACGCUCUGGACGGCUUCGUCACGACGAGCAGCUGCGCGGGGCGGGUCAGUGUCUUCCUCGAAGGGAAGAGGAAGGAGUCUUCGUCUGCACAGGAGGAUGGCGAUGCCAAGACCGCCUUGACGGAGGGUGAAGACACUCCGAAUGCGCUGGCGACGAUAGCUGGGCCCGGCGGGAAGGGCGGCGGCGGCACGUGGUUGUAUGUAUCUCACGAUCCUGUCCCUGGACCGCAUGAUGAGGACGACAGGCUGCUGAGUCUGCUUGGUCUCGUGGAUGAAGCCGAGCGCGGGAAGGCUGGAGCCGGAGAGGCGGGAAGCACUCAGUCUGGGCGAAGGAGACGGCGGCUUAUACACUUCAAGUUUGAGCCUAUGAUCCUCCACGUCCUCACAGCAUCCUCAUCCCACGCCCAGCUCCUGCUCAAAUGCGCCCUCGCAGCCGGCUUCCGCGAGAGCGGCGCCCUGAACCUGCUGCCCAACGCACCAUCCACCGACGACCAGCAGCCAUCCGUCACCCCCAUCGUGGGCGUCCGCACGAUGGGUCUCGGCCUCGAGUCCCUCGUCGGCUACGUCGACGACUCCAACGACACCCGCCACUGCACCGUCUCGGCGGACUACCUCCGCACCCUCGUGGACAUCGCCAACGAGCGCUUCGUCGAGAACGCCGCGCGGAACGCCAGGUUCCGCGCCGCGCUGCAGGACGCCACGGCGGGACCGCCCGCGAGGCUGGGCGAGGGCGGCGCCGAGUGGGAGGAUGCGGCUGUCAGGAGGGAGCGAAAGAGGGCGGAGGGGUUGAGGCGGAAGGAGGAGAAGAUGCUCGCUGCUAGGGAGAAGGAGACGCAGCAGGGUUCUGAGAGUUUGGUAGAGGAGAAUGUUGUAGAUCUGCCGGAAUACCAACUUCAUGGGCUGUGA